CAACCAGGGAAGAGGGUUUGCCGCCCUCCGUUGCCACUCCUCUGCAACGCCUCUGCCGGCGUCCUCCGCGCUCCACCAUAGGCUUCGACACCGCCCUCCGCCACCAGCCCUCCAUGCUCCGACUCGCGAAGAUGGCUCCUGGACGGAAACCGGCGACCUGGCCCUCAACCAGAUGUGAACCAGAAGUGGCAACUCAGGAUCAAGACCAACCUGCAAGAAUUACCAGGCAGAGGACUAGGGAUUUGGCUGCAGCUCGUAAAGAUACAACAGCAGAGCCACAAGAUGGUUCCACAGAAGAUGGGUUGAUGGCUGCCAAUGCUAAUACCCAGGCCAACAACCAGAAUGAGCUGUCUACUAAAGGUCGAUGUAUCAGCAAAAGUCACGUGAGCAGACAUGUAGGCAGAGAUUUGGAUAACAUUUCAAGAGGGUUAAGCAACAAGAUCCCAGUGCACAUCGCUGAAGGAAACCUACGGCCAGAGGUGCCUCUGCAAGCUGCAAAACUAGCAUCAGAGGGUGGUAUUAUUCUAUGGAACCAUGUCCCAAUCUUCACUCACUGGAAGCAUUAUAAGAGUGAAGAAAACGAAGGUGUUGUUAGGGACUUCAACAACAAAGUCACUAGUCAAUUCACAAUCAACGCAGAUGCUAAUCCAGUGAAAGAUGCAUUUUCUGAUUUGCUCAAAAAAGGACAGCGGCAGAUGAGAUACAGGCUAAAUAAGAAAUAUUUCAAUGGUAUACCAGCAAAUGAAGUUAGAACAACUUCGCCGCUAAGCUCUAUGACUGACAGUGAGUGGAAACAACUCGUGGACAUGUGGUCUACCCUAAAGCAUAAGGAAAAAUGUAUAAAAAAAAAGAUAGCUGUGAGUUAGUUCAAUACCACCAGAUGACAGGAUCUCGGAGCUAUGUUGCACAAUGCUAUGUCAUGAAGCAAACCAAAAUUUAAGGAUGUGCCACCAACUGCGAUUGAUAUUUUCAAGGACAACCACUGCAGUAGCAAGUCAGGUUUUAAUGAGAACGUGAAGGAUGCCAUUUCUCAAAUGGAGGCCUAUGUUGCUCAACCAACAGAAGAAGGCAAAGAUCCAAAGACUCCUGUUGAAGCUAUAGCUCAUGUUCUGCCAAAAUCAACUUUUCUUCGUAAUGUUGGUAUGCAGUCCACAAAGAUGAAGAAAAAUGCCAAAGCUGCUGCAAUGAAUGAUCGUGUGCGUGAGCUAGAGAGUGAAUUGCAUGCUGAGAAGAUGGGAUCAGCCGGAAUGCAAUUGCAGAUAGCUGAUCUGCAGAAGCAAUUAGAGGACCAGAAAGAGGCAGCAAGGAAGAAUGAAGAAGAAACUGAGAAGCUAAGGCAACAAGGAAGUGAAAACCAAAGCUUCCUUCGCUCCUUGUUUGGCAGCAAGUUUGCAUCAUCAGAUGCUCAGCAGUAAGCUCUCAUACUUAGGUUUCAGAUGAUAUUUUGGUGACAGUGAACUUGCGACCAUUUUGAUUGUGGGAUGUUAUUUUGAUGUUGUUGUGCUUCUGGCCGUUGUGCUGUUGCUGUUGCUGCUGUGCUUUUGGCCAUUGUGUUGCUGCUGCUACUGUGAAGCUAUUGCAGAUGUGCUGUUGUUGCUCUCGAUGUAGCAGGAAGAUGAGACUUUGGAUAUAUAUUGAAUUAGUGGAUGGAUGUACUGGUAUUGCAUUUUAAGACUUGUGGAAUGUGAAAUGCAUGUGACAUUGCAAUCA